AUGGAUGGCCCUGGGAUGGAGUCAGAAGGCAGAAUCAACAAGACGAUCUCUUCUUUAAUGAGCCAUAAAAGGAACUUGACAUAUUUGCCCUACUACCAGCACUCCCCACCUGUUGCCGCUAUCUAUAUAAUCUCCUACUUGUUUAUCUUCGCCUUGUGCAUGGUUGGGAACAGUCUGGUUUGCUUCAUUGUGCUGAAGAACAGCCGGAUGAGAACAGUCACCAACCUCUUUAUCCUCAACCUAGCCAUCAGCGACCUGCUGGUUGGGAUUUUUUGUGUGCCCACCACACUCGUGGACAAUUUAAUCACAGAAUGGGGGUACAGUAACCUGGUACUGCUUUGUGCUUAGAUUGCUUUUGGGUCUUGCUCUGUGAAAGUUUCUCUCAGUAGAACUCACCUAUCCGUGUGUUGGUUUUGCAUCAGGUUCCGCUGCAUCAUUUAUCCCUUUAAAUCGAAGCUCAGUCUGCUCAAGGCCCUGAACACCAUCGUGGUCAUCUGGGUCCUGGCCAUCACCAUCAUGUGCCCUUCUGCUGUCAUGCUCACGGUGGUGCAGAUUGAGGAUCACUACAUGGUGUACAAUGACAACCAGAGCCUGGCUUACCCCUUGUAUUCCUGCUACGAGGCCUGGCCCAACAGCGAGAUGCGCAAGGUCUACACCACUGUCCUUUUUGCCCACAUCUACGUGGCCCCAUUGACCCUCAUCAUGGUCAUGUACGGUAGGAUUGGCGUCAAACUCUACAGGUCAUCGGGCCCAGUGAGCAAGCACAGGGUGGAGAACCAGGAGUGCUGCAGUGCUGCUGUCUCCAGGAGGAAGGUCAAGGUAAUCAAGAUGCUCAUUCUGGUGGCCCUGCUCUUCAUGCUCUCCUGGCUGCCCCUGUGGACCCUGAUGCUGUUCACAGACUACACCAAGCUGGAUGAUGACCAGAUCGACCUGCUGACGGGCUACAUCUUCCCCUUCGCGCACUGGCUGGCCUUCUCCAACAGCAGCGUCAAUCCCAUCAUCUAUGGCUACUUCAAUGAGAACUUCAAGCGGGGCUUCCAGGCAGCCUUCAAGUUCCAGGUUUGCUCGGAGGAGAUAGGGCAUCAUGAGGCCUAUUCGGAGAAGGUGACGGGCAGCACCAGUGGCUUCAGCACGCGCAACAAGAUCUUCACAGACCGGGAAUCCUCCGACUCCGUCUGCCUCAAGAACCUGCAUGCCAAAGUCUCCUGCCCCGUGCAGAAUGGACAGGCCCAGAAACAGGGACUUCACCUGCAGGAUAUUGAUAAAAUCACCCCUCUGAACAAAGUCUGCAAAGCAUGGGAUGAGUGAGACGGCUGGCGAGAUGGGAAUGCUGUCUCUUUCCAUUUGCAAACGUCACUUUUAUUUGUUACAGUGAUGCGUGUGCAGUGAGGAGUAUUUUCCCCUCAGGCCUGGUACCUAGCUAUUCAUAUUCUGUUUUGUAAAUGCAAAAUGAAUCGCAUGGAGCUGCUGUUCAAUAUUCCUAUCGAUGCACAAAUAUCUGUCAAUCACUUUCAGUGUAUAGUUGAGGCUAGCUGUCAUAUAAAAUGUCUAUGUCUUAAAGCUACAACUCCAUGCAGAGUUUCCUUGGCUUGCAAUCAGAAUGUGGUUCUUUUGGGGGUGGAAAAAUGUAUUUCACAGGUCAGGAUUCAGUUUUGCAUUUAAAAAAAAAAAAUCUAUGAGUAUUUGUCUUCUUAUGUUAGCAAACUGCUGCUUGUCAAGCUCCUACUGUUGUUGGGCUGCCCCAUCUGUUAUAUGUGCGGAAGAGAAUCCCAAAGCUGAUAGGGCAGCCGUAGUCUCUCUCUGGAUGCUCUUGCAAGGUUCCAAGGUCAGUACUUCAGGACACAAAAACCAUUCCAGCAGCUCUGCAGUGUAACACAAGAAAUCGCAGCUGUAUCCAGGGAGAGUGCCACAAUAAACACUCCACACUUUUGUUACUAAGAUCACUUUAAAACUGAAAGGAUUAAAAAAGAAAACUCAUCUAGGCCCCAAUCCAGCAAAGCACUUAAGCAGAUGCUUAUCUUCAAGCAUGGGAGUAGGCCAGGUCCUGAUGCUUUUCACCAUUCCUGCUCCUUGACCCUGUCUAGACUAGAA